CUGGUAGCCGCGGGUCUGUUCUGCCACUGCAAAAGGCCCGCUCGUCACCGAGCGCGCCGUCAGAGCUUUAUAGGGCAUCCCUGAGCGGCCAGCGAGCCAAAACGCGUCCUUUCUUUACCCCCUUCAUCUCUUCAUAUCUUCCAAUUACUCGUCCCAGGGACAAGGUCCUCCCACGUAACGGCUUCUAAUCAACGCGACUGAGGCGCGACUUGAAGCUUGUUUUGAAGCGCCCAGAGUACUACCGGUCGAAGACGACUAGUCGAGCACCUCGCCUUGAGCAUGUCCGCGUUGGCGUCUUCAUCUAAUGCAGCUGGGUCAUCGACCGCCGCGCAGAACGGACAGGCUGUAGAUACUGCCGAUGAUAAGAAUAACAGCAGCGUGGUGAUCAAAGUGGGGAUGGUAGGCGAUUCGCAAAUCGGGAAGACGAGCUUAAUGGUGAAGUAUGUGGAGGGAAGCUUCGACGAGGAUUAUAUUCAAACACUUGGCGUGAACUUCAUGGAGAAGACCAUCAGCGUGCGGCGAACGACGAUCACGUUCUCGAUAUGGGAUCUCGGAGGCCAGCGCGAAUUCGUGAACAUGCUACCACUCGUGUGCAAUGACGCGGUGGCGAUCCUUUUCAUGUUUGACCUAUCGCGGAAGUCGACGCUCAACUCGGUGAAGGAGUGGUAUAGGCAGGCACGAGGCUUCAAUAAGACGGCCAUCCCCUUCCUCAUUGGUACCAAGUUCGACACCUUCGCUACCUUCCCGCGAGAUGAGCAGGAGGAAAUCACGAAGCAGGCGAAACGGUUCGCGAAGGCGAUGCAUGCAUCACUGAUCUUCUGUUCAACCUCGGCGUCAAUCAAUGUACAGAAGAUCUUCAAGAUCGUGCUUGCGAAGGCGUUCGAUCUCAAAUGCGUCAUCCCCGAGAUCGAAGGUGUCGGGGAGCCCAUACUCAUCUACGUCGAUGUAUGAGUGUUAGGAACCUGCGAGUCUGUCAUCCUGCCUCCACACCGUUGACGUGGGUAGACGGAAUGCGACGCGUUCCUGGUUCUUGCGGCACGCUGCCACAGCCCAGACACUCCCGUUUCGCUCCUGAGCGGGUCUUGUAUGCACUGUCAUGCGCGUCCAAUCGCCGCCCAACAUCUUAGGUGACUGAGGCCCGAGCAAGUUGCCGAAGACCUCUCGUCCCUCGCCUCCACUCGAUCCCAUCAGCCCGAACGGACUGUCAUACCCUACCUGCCUCCAUGUCUUCGUGUUGUUGCUCGCGCUUUGCUGUCUCGCUGGUUUUCAUCGCAUCCCUCGCCACAUCGUCCCUUGCAUCGCUAAUUUUAGAAACCCCUCAUCUUAGCUAUGUUCAGCUUCAAUCCCCUCCUCCGACCGCCCAUCCGCUUUGUGUUCCACGUCAUUUAUUCCCCUACAUGGCUUCACUCGUACCUAGUACGUUCAAUCCACAUUGCGUCCCACUUUCCUCGUCCAUUCGGAUAAUACUGCACCCUCUUGUACUCGUAGUAAG